AUGCACCAGGAUCCAUGCACGCCAAAUGCAGUGUAUCACAUGCCAAGUGCACCUGGCACUUGCCUGGCAAGUGGCAUCACGGCAGAUGUGCUCCUGUUUCGAGCCAUCCAUUUGUGCGACCGCAUAUCCGCCUCUUCAGAGCUGGCUCGUGAGUGCAUCUCCAUCCACGUUGGACAAGCCGGAGUGCAGAUCGGCAAUGCCUGCUGGGAGUUGUACUGCCUGGAGCAUGGGAUCCAGCCUGACGGUCAGAUGCCCUCGGACAAGACCCUGGGAGGAGGAGAUGAUUCCUUCAACACCUUUUUCAGCGAGACCGGGGCUGGAAAGCACGUCCCUCGGGCUGUCUUUGUAGACCUGGAACCCACGGUUGUGGAUGAGGUUGCCACAGCUGUUGUGGAGCCAUACAAUUCCAUCCUGACCACUCACACAACUCUGGAACACUCUGACUGCGCUUUCAUGGUGGACAAUGAAGCAAUCUAUGACAUCUGCCGAAGGAACCUGGACAUCGAGCGCCCCAGCUAUACCAACCUGAACAGACUGAUUGCUCAGGUCGUGUCCAGCAUCACAGCUUCUCUUCGUUUCGAUGGAGCCCUGAAUGUGGAUCUGACAGAGUUCCAGACCAAUUUGGUCCCAUAUCCCCGAAUUCAUUUCCCCCUGGCCACUUAUGCUCCCAUCAUCUCAGCAGAGAAGGCCUACCAUGAGCAGCUCUCUGUCUCUGAAAUCACCAAUGCCUGCUUUGAACCAGCAAAUCAGAUGGUCAAGUGUGACCCUAGACAUGGAAAGUACAUGGCGUGCUGCAUGCUGUACCGAGGAGAUGUGGUCCCGAAGGAUGUGAAUGCUGCCAUUGCUGCAAUCAAGACCAAGAGAACGAUCCAGUUCGUGGACUGGUGCCCAACUGGAUUCAAGGUUGGCAUCAACUACCAACCCCCAACUGUUGUCCCUGGUGGAGAUCUGGCCAAGGUGCAGAGGGCUGUAUGCAUGUUGAGCAACACGACCGCCAUCGCUGAGGCCUGGGCAAGAUUGGAUCACAAAUUUGAUCUCAUGUACGCCAAGAGGGCUUUCGUCCACUGGUAUGUGGGAGAGGGGAUGGAAGAGGGAGAGUUCUCUGAGGCUCGGGAAGAUCUUGCCGCCCUGGAGAAGGACUACGAAGAGGUCGGUGUGGAUUCCACCGAGGAAGGCGAAGAGGCCGGCGAGGAAUACUAAUUGUUGACGACGGUCCAUGACAUCCUAUUUGAUCGGUUUCUUCUGCACUCCAGCACCUUCCAACCUUCUUUUUCAAAUUCCCUUCCAUCCCUUCGAGUCCUACUUGUUCAGAUUUCGCUUUUUAUAUUUUUCUUAUGCUUUGUUUCAUUUCAUGUGUGUAUUACAACAUGAAUCUCCUUCAUGAGUGUAUUACCAUAUGAAAUAAAAAUCUUUUAGCAUGAGCAUAA